AUGGCUAAUCAAAGGAGUAAUGAAGCUGCCAUCAAGAAUUUGGAGAACCAAGUGGGCCAACUUGCAAAGCAAUUGUCCGAACAACAACCAGGAUCUUCUUUUUCCGCCAACACUCAAACAAAUCCAAGGGAGCAUUGCAAAGCCAUUAUGACAAGAAGUGGUAAAGAGAUAAAUGGUGGAAUAGAUGGAGGUGUUAUAGUGGAAGAUGAUGAGGAAAUAAUAGUUGAAAACCAAGAGGGUGAGGUGGUAGUUGAAGAUGAGGGAGAAAAGAGUGAGGAGAAAGUGGAGGAAGAAUUAGUUGAAAAAGAGCGGAAAGAAAAAGAAGGAAGAGAGAAAAAUGACAAAAAAGUGAAGAGGAAUAAAAAGAGAAAUGAGAAUCAAAUGCUCACAGAGAAAAAGAAGUACACGGAUGAAGAGACAGUUGUGCUUGAUGCUCAUUGUAGUGCAAUUAUUCAAAAAACUCCCCCAAGAAAGGAAGCCGAUCCGGGACGAGUCAUUUUACCAAUCACCAUUGGAGGUAACUACAUUAGUAAUGGUUUGGUUGAUUUGGGGUCUAGCAUCAAUUUAAUACCUUUAUCCGUUGUCAAGAGAUUGGGGAACAUUGAGAUGAAACACACCAGGAUAACUUUGCAACUAGCCGAUAAGUCUAUCAUUUCACCAUAUGGAGUUGUACAAGACAUGCUAGUAAAGGUUGACAAAUUUUUGUUCCCGGUUGAUUUUGUGGUAGUCGACAUGGAGGAGGAUUGUGAUGUUCCAUUAAUACUUGGAAGACCAUUCAUGAAGACCACCCGAAUGAUGAUUGAUAUCGAUGAUGGGAUUAUGAAAGUAAGGGUGCAAGAUAAAGAGGUAAUUUUUACUCUUUUUGAGUCUACGAAGCCUCCUAAGGAUGAACAUGACAACUUUCGAAUCGAUGAUGAAAAAGGAGAAAUCGUUGAGGUGGCGAAUCAAUUUCACAAGGACAAGGAGAAGGCAAAUCAUGAGGGAAAGACUCAUCACAAAAACUUUGAAGUUGGACAAAUGGUGCUAGUGUGCAAUUCAAGACUCAAGGUGUUUCCUAGUAAAUUAAAGUCAAAGUGGUCGGGGCCAUUUGUUGUGAAAGAGGUGCGAAAUUAUGGAUCCAUUGUGGUGGAGGACCCUAAAACACAAGAAAGCUGGACUGUAAAGGAACAAAGACUCAAAGGCUACCACGAUGGAUAA